AUGGGCAGACCUCAGCAAGUAGUUUUUGAGAGGCCGACGAACCAAGGCAUACAAUGCGCGACAUAUCAGGGCGUUCAAUAUGUGAUAUACGCCAGCGGUGCAAGUGUCGUUAUUGCAGACGCUCAAUUAAAUCCUACUCAAAUAAUUGAGGACUCGCAAGCUAGAGCUUCUCAAUCUGUCUGUUUGGACGAGAGAUCUGGAUUGUUAGCAAUCUCAUUUGGACGUGAUCUUGCUAUAUAUCAGCCCGAGAAUGUAGAUCAGAAGGCAAUGUGGCAGAGAAUCGCUGAUUUGAAUGUACAAGAUGAUGUAUCUAUUCUUUCAUGGAGUGAACAAGGAGCUCUGCUUGGAGCUGGAAACAAUAUAAGUAUCUGGACACGUUCUGGUCUAAUGGGAGAUUGGAAUAUUGUGUUUUCGACAGUCCUUGCUUCACCCAUCAAGAAAGCUUCCUUUGCUGCAUAUGGAGAUCAGUUUGCUACCAUCGCGGAGUAUGAGCCAUAUGUCAAAGUGUGGAUUAAAACUCCAGAAGCUUGGGAUUAUGACUAUGAAUAUCUGUUGCAUCCAUUACCAGCCACGCAUUUGGAAUGGGGUCCUGCUCGUUUCAGCGACAACAGCUGGUCAAACAUGCUACUCACAACAUCCCAAGAUGGAGUAUCUCGCAUAUGGUCUUGCCCAACUGAAAACUAUGGAUGUGUCAUGUUGGGACUAUCCACUACUCUCCAUCCUGAAGCUCGAUCUUUACACUGGUUGCAAGCUGGUCGUACGAACGAAGAUCAAAAGCAAGGACAUAUCUCGUCGUUGAAUGUGAACUUUGAUAAACUGCCGUCUGCUAAGGUUGAUUUGGGAGUGACGGCGUAUUCGGAUUUGUUUUUUCAGAUUGAUGCUGCUGGGAGUUUGGGGAUCUUGGGUUUGACGGCUUCUAGCAACGAUGGUCGACAUAACUAUUCAAGAGAGCUGAAAGAGAUUUCUCAUGCUCUUGCUGCAUCAUGGGUUAAUGAUGGCAGUGUGGUGUCAGUUACUCGCAAAUCGGACGGAACCACAACAAUGGUCCUCAUAGCCUACCUCAACUAUCUCGGCUGUCUACGUGUCUGUCAAUUGGAAACAAACCAGAUCCCAAAACGGGUAAUAUCAGCACGAUUUGUCGCUGGACCUUCUGUAUCCGGAACACAUUCACCUGUUGCGUGCUUUGAGCGACAUUCUACAUUGUCCUACCUAGCUGGUUUAACUGCUGAUGGACAAGUUAUGGUGCUUCAUCAUCCUGAGCCAGAAACUUUGGCAUCUGGAAGCUCGUCUUUGAUUGAGAUUAUUGGUGAUAUGACGCCUCCUUCUGGAGAGGCGUAUAGUUAUAUCAAAUGGACACCGUCAGGACCAUUUAUCGUCGUCGCUCGCGGCACAUCCCUUGAAAUUUAUAUGGUGACGAACUUCAACUGCACUGAAGUUGGUCGAGUGAAUCUACCUUCCAAAAUCCUGUCAGUCAAGUUUCUGCAUAUAUUUUCUACUACAACUGAUCCCACUUCGACGACUUGGGAGAUUGUUGUUGUUGGAUCUGAUAGUGCUAAAGUGUGUGGCGGGACAUUGGAUUUGUUGAGUCCAAUUGGUCCAGCAGAGCUUUCACUCCAUACCACAGAUACGACAUUAUCAGACUCAUCAGACUCAGUCUAUGUUGCUCUUGAUGGAUUUGAAUGGGGUGUUGAAGGGUGUAAAUUAUUGGCUGUUGAGUGUAAAUCUGGGAAGGCUAAAUUAUGGAGUUUGGAAAGCAAGAAGAAUGUUUGGGAAGCUACGAGCCACAUCUCUAUGAGUCCUGGUGUGGUGAGGUUGGUGGCGAGCUCGUUUGGACGUGUUGCGGCAGAAAUCGAAGACAAGGCAUUACGUCGUAUUGAUGUGUACGAAUGUGAAGCUCCUACAAGUACUUGUAUCAAGACUGGGUCGCUUCGUCUGGAAGGCACUGGUACCCAUCACAUCACAUGGCUCACAUCAUCAGGUGUUGAUGCACUAGUCGUAGCAUGUGGCACGAAUGUGUCGCUGUUUUCAAAACACAGGACUAGUUCUAGUAGUUGGGACUUGUUGAGAGAUGAUGAGAUUGUCAGGCACGCCAACGUAACAUCCGUCACUAUAUUACGAGAUGCUACACUAGUAUGUGGAACAGACGAGAAGCAGAUUCUGGUGAUGAGUGAUUGGACUCAUGGUGAUACAGAUCAUGCAAACGUCUUCACCUCAAUAUGGAAUGCUUCUGGAGGACUACCUCAAUAUCAUCCUCAUAUGCUGAUGCAAAGAAUGCUUUGGGAUGAAUUCGACGGUGUCAAAGAGGUCGUAACUCAUGUACACAAUAUCGUGUCCAAGUUUGCUGAAACUAAGACGCCAUUGGAUGUCAUACCUUUAUCUGCUGAUUUCCUGGAAGUUUCGGAUCGAGUCACAAAGUCACGUCGAGAAUCUGUAGUACCGACGUCAGAUUACACAUCGUUGUUGGAUACCGCUACCGUUGAAGAUCAUGAUCAUCCUUCCACACACUCAUUCGACCAAAUGGUUCGUCACCUCAUGGAACUGAUACAAACCACAUCAUUACCCGAUAUUUCGAAUGUGGAUCAGAUGCGUCUUUCCGCUGUGCUGGAGACGUUGUUAGAGGUGGAGCGUCGAAAUCGAGCACUAGAUGCUAAUGGUGUUCGAUUUGUAUUGGGAUUCAGACUCUUUACAUUCUUGUCGAAAAUGAUGCCGUCUGUUCGUCAGAAUGAACUCAAGUCAAGGGAGUUUGUGUGGGCUUUCUAUAGUGAUUCUCAAGAUGUGCUUGUGGAUUAUGUCUCACAAACCAUGGGCGGUAAACUAUUGUGGCAUGAUUUCAAGACUUUGGGAAUGGGCUAUUGGGUUAGGAAUAUUGAGCUAUUGCGACGCCAAAUCGAAAUCCUAGCUCGAAACCACUACAUGGCCAAAGACGACAAGGAUCCAGUAGAUUCGGCCAUUUUUUACAUUGCAUCUCGCAAGAAGAAUGUCUUGUUGGGACUUUGGAAGCUGGCAUCCAAUCAUCCAGAACAGGCUGCCAUGUUAAGAUUCUUGGUUAAUGAUUUCAGUGAAGAUCGAUGGCAGAAGGCGGCUUUGAAGAAUGCUUUUGCGUUGCUUGGGAAGCAGCGAUACAUGUACGCUGCUGCAUUCUUUUUAUUGGGUGAUAAGCUCAAGGAUGCUGUGAAUGUUUGCUUGAAGCAUCUUGAUGAUCCACAGUUGGCUAUUAUCUUGUGUAGGCUUUAUGAAGGUGAUGAGAGUGCCACCCUGAAGGACGUUAUUACCACACAUCUACUGCCCAAAGCAUAUCAAACCAGUGAUCGUUGGGUUAUUUCGAUGUGUAUGACGACGCUAGGAAGGAAGGCUGAUGCAUUCAAGGCAGUUUGUGUACCAUUGAAAGAACUCGAUCCUUCAGUCACCAUUGAAGACGACGCAACCCAUGAUGCGUCCAUCGUCGCAUUACACCAACAUCUAAAGUCAUCAUAUCGUCUAUCUCGUAUCCCCAUUCCUGAUGUCUCUCCCAAAGUAGAAGCAGAUUUUAUUGGUCGUGCUGCUCUCGCUUACGAACAAUCUGGAUGUCCUUCUCUAGCAUUGAGAAUCAUGAUGCAUAAUUCACAUGUUUUGAUUGCUGGACAAGAGCAACCGAGUGUUGCUGCACCUGCUACAACAAAGACAGCAACACCCGAUGUGAAGGCUCCUGUAAAAGCUGAAUCUAUUGAUUGGUCACAGCCAAGUGUACCAACCAGUAAAACUAGUGAGAGUGCAUCGGCUUUUGAUUGGUCACAACCUAGUGCACAAGCACCAAGUCCACCUGCUUCAUCAUCAUCGUAUUUGGAUUGGGGUGAAGCGACACCUAAAGUAUCAGUAGAUGAUGACUAUGAUGCGUUUAGAAAGUCAAUGAUUACUGAAGACACGAAUGAAGAGGAAGUGGUGGAGGAAGAUUUGGAAGGGUCUGAAAGUGCUAGUCUCAAAAAGGAAGAUUCGAGUCAUAGUAUUGGAGGGCCAGUAUCGUCUGCUAGUUUGGUGUCACAUUACAAGUUGUUUAUGUGGAGGUUGGUUUUGCAGAUGAGUCGGCAUGUAUACAAAUCCACAAGUAUGCUCGUCAUACACUCUGAUCUCGUAUCACUCGAUCCAACCAUCCUGAGAGCGAACUUCCUGAACCUUUUAUCAUUGAUGGAGAUACCGUCGUCACUUCAAUUGACCUUUGUGAAGGAACAGUGUCACGAAUUGUUGUCGAGUCUUGCCUUUAUAUCCUUGAAGGUGGAUGAUGGUAUUGAUGAUGGACAAGUUGUGCUACGUAAAAAUGUCCUCUCGUUAUUGUGUGCUCAGAAGGCACACUUUCAGCAUAUACUCAAGAAUCAAUAUCUUGCGUUUAAGAUGAAUAUGCCUUGUAUCAACGACGCUCUAUGGUCAAUAAGUGAAUUCGUUGACAUUGCCAGCACAUCACCCGAUCCGGAAAAGGCAUCAUUACGACAAUCUGUAUUCGAAAUUGGUGCUACUACGCUUAUUGCCUUCAUUGCAACGGCGAUGAAUGGGAAUAUGAAUCCAGCAUCAUGUGUGAAGGAUUUUAUACCAUUUUUGAAGGCGUGUGCUAGGCUUGAUGGUGAUGAGAUUAGGAGGGUAUUGGGAAAGACUAGGAAUAUUCGACCGAUCUUGGAAGUCACGAACGGAGACGAUAUGGCUGAUCAUGAUACCGUCGUAAUUCAUACAUCGCUACAACACCAUCUUGGUGUAUUAGCAAUACUUCAAGCUCUAGUGUUUGCAUUAAACACUUUCGGAGCAUCUGAAGCAUCAAGUACUGUUCUGAGUACCACGAAUUUGAUUUUUGAGAUGAUGAAGGAUGAAGCUAGUAAGACGAAACAGGAAGCCAGCCUUGGUGUCUUCAAGAUUCCCAACGCUGACGGAUUACGAUCAUGUGUCAAUGAAAACCGAGCUGGCGAGGUAGUCGAUUCCAUAAACUCCCUCAUUGAAACUGAACGACUCAAAUCAUUCUGGGAUGGAAUCUUUUCAUUGGUCGUUAUCGAAGUGAAACCUACUCCCGCCAUUGCAGCUAUUGUCGCAUCUUCACCAGAUAUUAAACGAUCAGCCAGUGUUGAUGCCGUCUCUGCUAUAGGUGCUAUUCGUAAUACCAGUGAUAAGGAGGAAGUCAUUUAUAGAUCGGAAGGUGCAUCGUCUGGAUUCUUUGCUAUGAAUUCAUUGGAUGGGAAUCAAGUAGCUGUUGCUACGUUGGUAAAUAUCUUGGAGGUUGAUGUUGGGAUGGCCGUUAAGUCGCGAAAGACUACAAUCAGUCGAUCCAAGAGCCACGAUGCUGUUCCGUCACUAGCUAGGAACAAGAGCGCGUCUGCUGCGCCCUCACGAUCAAAUCAAGAUGAUGGUGUCGUAUUACGUCGAGCUAUUGGUGGUGUUGUUGGGACAGAUUAUCAUCCGUCUCUUGAUUUCUACAUCGCUGGAACUCACGAUGCAAUCCACCUACUCCAAUUCUCGAAUCCUGAAACAGUGGCAUCGUAUGCAACGUCUUCCACUUCACAAGUGACUAAUCAGAAUGUCAAAGUAAGAUUUGCGCCUUCCGGAAAUCGGUUUGCGGCGAUUGAUACUGGUGGGGAACUGAGAAUUUGGGACGUUCAUUCCCGCACUCCGAUUCAAGUGCUGAAGUGCUUUCCGGAGAGUGGUACCGAUGUAAGCUUCAUAGCGAGUGGUAGUUUGAUUGCUUUGGCUGGACUUGAUCUUCAUAAUUCCAGCACAAUCCACUUGGUUGAUAUCCUCAUGCCACCAAAUCAAAACAUUGUAAAAACGUUCUCAUGUCAUGAUUCCCCUGUCUUUUCCCUAUCACACUCCCUCACCACAAACCUAUUAUUGGGAGGUGGGAAACGUGGCGAUGUGUCCCUCUACGAUCUCCGAUCCAAACAAGCAUACGGAAACAUUCGUGUAUUUGAUGCUUCCCACGCCAUCAAAUCAAUGGAUACCGCAAACCACACCAGAGACUUUGAACGAAUAGUAUGUGGCUCGUCACAAGGAGAUCUCGUUCUGUUUAAUAAUAUCUCUGCAUUGGCACAAGAGUCUACGAAUGUGGGAUCUAGUGGUGCAAUGCCUGUUGCUGAGAAUGGUGUUAGGAUACAUCCUUCGUCGAUUAUGAAUGGUGGGAUUAGUCAGUUGGCUGUUAUGAAUGAGUACUUGUUUUGGAGUGGUGGGGAUGGGUCUAUAAGGAGGCAGCAUAUUGGGCGGACUGGAGCAAGUAGUCCUGAGAACCGAAGAGCCAAGAUAUACGUCAGCGGUGCAACUGUAGUUAUUGCAGACGCUCAAUUAAAUCCUACUCAAAUAAUUGAGGACUCGCAAGCUAGAGCUUCUCAAUCUGUCUGUUUGGACGACGAGAGAUCUGGAUUGUUAGCAAUCUCCUUUGGACGUGAUCUUGCUAUAUAUCAGCCUGAGAAUGUAGAUCAGAAGGCAAUGUGGCAGAGAAUCGCUGAUUUGAAUGUACAAGAUGAUGUAUCUAUUCUUUCAUGGAGUGAACAAGGAGCUCUUCUUGGAGCUGGAAACAGUAUAAGUAUCUGGACACGUUCUGGUCUAAUGGGAGAUUGGAAUAUUGUGUUUUCGACAGUUCUGGCAUCACCCAUCAAGAAAGCUUCCUUUUGCUGCAUAUGGAGAUCAGUUACUACAAUCGGAGAGCCAUCAAAAGCUAUUGCGCAGAUAGCCCUAGACACCAAUGCAACAAUACUGCCAGAUUCAAGAGCACCCAAGGGACAUUUUGCUUUUGUGGCAUUGUCGCCGGAUACACCCCCGUUUGAAUCUGUGGCUUAUGCACAAUUGGCUAUGGUGUCUUGGAUUUAUGUUAUGGUUCGAGCUAGUCAGAAACGUGAGUACUAA